CAUGUGUGUGCAGUACGCGUUUGUCGUAUUGGUCGCCUUCGCGGCUAUCGUCCGGGUCGACGGGUAUCUCGACGUCUUAUCCAACGUACACGAUUGUGGAUCAGCGGACUUGGAUACGUGUCUCAAAAGCCAAUUAUCGCGAACCAUUGAUGAAAUAUUGGACAAGAAUGACACUUAUCGGCUAAACCGGUAUCUGACCGUUACCACGGUCGGUAACCAUCGACGAUCGCCAUCGACAAGCGACGACCUAGGUGCAAAGUUUUUGAACUUAUUCAACUCUCUGCAAAUUCAAUACCGACCGGAAGAAGAACAUGGGUCAACCGAUAACGUUUCCGAAGGUCGUAAGAAAAAAAUAGGUAAAUACAAAAAGCACAAAAUGGGGAUGAUGAUGGGAUUUACGGCGAUGGGCAUGUCUAUUCUCGGAGGUCUAUUUAACAAGAUGAUGAUGGGUGGUGCGAUAUCAAUAGCCCUGAAAGCACUGAUCAUAUCAAAAAUUGCUCUGGUUCUGGCCGGCACCAUGGCGGUAAAAAAGCUGUUGAGUGGUGGUGGCAUUGGCCAAAUCAGCUAUCAUCCAUCGUGGACCGGUGGCGGAGGCGGUGGUGGAAAUGAACAACAUAGCGGAUACCGCAGGAGUUACGCGGCGCAGCAGCCGAAGAUGACUACCGCCGAUGCGUUGCCUUACAGGGAUCAAAUCGAUUCUUAUAGCAAUGCUAAUUAUUCCAGAUAGUUCGGCAACGUAAAUGUCUUGCGAUGUACUAUUAGACACGUACCGUUAAGUGUAUAUUAUAUUAUAUUUGACAAAAAACACUUCGUGACAACAAAGUCUAUGAUGGUGUACACAUAUUUUUUUCAUAUAGAUAUAUAACUGAUAAAAGUAUGUGGACAAAAUCGUUGUUUGUAUACAGUUUUUUUGUGGUUUUGGGAGUAAAUAAUAUAAAAUACAUAGCUAUAAUUAAAAUUUUGUUAGACAUUUACUUAUGUAAUACAGUGAUACCUUAUAACUGCUAUUUCUAUAAAAUAUCGGAGUUUUAAAAUUAUAAUAUAAUCUUGUGUUUUAUACUUAUAAUACAUAUAAAAAUUUAAAGAAAUUAAAAUUAUUACGUUCGAAGUACAAAAUUCCACAAAAAAUUGCAAUUCAAUCUCACACUCUUUAGUCUAUCAAGUAUUAAGUAAAAAUGAAUUUUUCCCCUCUUACGUCAAACGAUAAGAGACGUUCGACUAGUCAGCUCAAAAAUAUUUUACGAUCUAUAUAAUCAUCGCCACUCUUCAUUUGAAAACCUAAGAUAAUAUUAAUAUAUUAUGAAGUUUCACUGUGUUUUAAUAAUUAAAUAAUACGAUUUUAUUCAUAUAUUAUUAAUAUAUAAAACUUAUAUUUGAAAAACUUAACAUUUUCUUUAAAUUAAUAUUAUUUUCUGAAUUCAAUAAACAGAAAAAUGAUUUGGUUACCUAAUUAUUAAGAGUUUUUUACAUAUUUAUAAGUUAAAAUUAUUAGAUACAUCAUAUUAUGUAUAUCAUUUUUUUUAUUUUUUAUUUAUAAUAAAACAUGUCUUAUAGAUACAUUUCUUGUAUAAGUGUACUAUACUACACUAUAAGAUGAAAAUACGUAUUUUAGUUGGUAAUAGAGCUGUACGGUACUUCCUAAAGUGAACUUAGUCGUAUUUCGUUGUCUUAGCUCUGUUUUGCACUGUUGGCGAUCACACUAAACGACGCUCUAGAACACAACGGUUAUAUCAAGAUACAGUUGCGACAUCACAUGUUUGAUAGUAAAAAUGAUAAAACGAAUUUUUACAAUGAAAUUAUUGCAUUUCACAACAUAAAGUUAAACCUAACUAAUACAAGAAACAAUAUGCAAGCAACAAAUCAAACCAUUCAUUUUAGAAAUAUUUAACAGUAAUAAUUUUUAAAAAUAGAUUCUACUUGA